UACGGAUCCUGCAGCAGAAAGUAGGAAGCGAAGAUCAUCAUGUUGGCCGUCGCAACACCCGUGGCCGCCCCCCGCGCAAGCACAGCGUCGGGCAUCCUUGCACUGCUCGACGAGCACGACGACAUCAUUCGGGCACACGCCCUGCAAAAGCUGCAUGAAGUCGUAGACUACUUUUGGGCCGAGAUUGCGGACGCGGUGCCGUUCAUCGAAAGUUUGUCGGAAGAAACGGCAUUCUCCCAUCGGGAACUGGCGGCGUCGGUCGCGUCCAAGUGUUUUUUUCACUUGGAGGAGUACCAAGAUGCGUUGCGCCUCGCCCUUGGCGCUGGCAAGUACUUUGACGUGAAUGUCCAUUCCCAGUACACGGAAACCAUCAUUGCGACGUGCAUUGACGAGUACAUUGCGAUUCGAACGAACGGUGAAGGCAAGGCCGUAGACCCUCGCAUGCAAGCGAUUGUCGAGCAAAUGUUUGAUCGAUGCUACGCGUCGGGCACGUUCAAGCAAGCGUUGGGCGUGGCGUUGGAAUCUCGUCGAUUGGACAAGGUCGAAGAAAGCAUCCGCAAGUCGCCCGACGUGUCGGCGUCGCUAGCGUACUGCUUUGAAGUGUCUCGAACGACCGUAACGAACCGCGACUUUCGCCUGCAGGUGCUGCAGGUCCUCGUCCAGCUGUACCGCGGUCUUCCCGUCCAAGAGUACACGCACAUUUGUCAAAUCCUGCAGCUGUUGGACCAGCAUGCCGAAGUGGCCACGAUUCUGCAAACGCUGCUUGCGUCCUCGGACGACGACGACACGUUGAUCGCGUACCAAGUCGCGUUUGACUUGGUCGAGAACGAAAACCAAAAGUUUCUGCAUGCCGUGAGCUCGGCGUUAACCGCGACUGCCGCCGCGCCGACAUCCCGCCUCGACAAGCUGCAGCAGAUCCUCCAGGGCGAGUUUAGCGUGGACCUGCUACUCGACUUUCUCUUUCGCCAAACCCAGUCCGAUCCCCUUGUCAUGAAGAACAUCAAGACCGCCGUGGAGAACCGCAACUCGGUCCUGCACAACUCGGCCGUAUGCGCGCACGCGCUCAUGAACUGCGGGACGACUGUGGACGCAUUCCUUCGAGACAACUUGGAUUGGCUUGGAAAGGCCUCCAACUGGGCCAAGUUCUCGGCCACCGCCAGCAUCGGCGUCAUUCACAAGGGCCACGUACGCGAAAGCAUGAACCUCCUCGCGCCAUACCUUCCGCAAGCGGCUGGUGGCGCGCCCACGAGUCCAUAUUCCGAAGGCGGCGCGUUGUACGCCCUCGGGUUGAUCCAUGCCAACCAAGGCAGCACAUCGCCGAGCAGCACGAAAACGCUCGAGUUUCUCCGCACCGCGCUGCGCAACUCGGGCACAGACGAGGUUGUCCAGCAUGGCGCGUGCCUGGGCAUCGGGCUUAGCGGCAUGGCCACUCACGACGCCGCCCUGUACGAAGAACUCAAGAACAUCAUGUUCACCGACAACGCCGUGGCGGGCGAAGGCGCGGGGUACGCGAUCGGACUGGUUCAUUUGGGCGCCGGGUUUACCGACUCAGACGCGGUCAAGGAGCUACUGUCGUAUGCCCAUGAUACCAAGCAUGAAAAGAUCAUUCGCGGCGCCGUGAUGGGGCUCGCGCUCAUGGCAUAUGGCCGCGAAGAGCUCGCGGAUGGCGUCAUCGAGCAGCUGAUUCGCGACAAGGACCCGAUCAUCCGGUAUGGCGGCGUAUAUGCGAUCGCGAUGGCGUACGUGGGCACGGCCAACAACGGCGCCGUCAAGCGGCUGCUGCAUGUGGCCGUGUCGGACGUGUCGGACGACGUGCGCCGCGCCGCCGUCUCGUGCCUCGGGUUUGUGCUGUUCCGGACGCCGGCCCAAGUGCCCAAGCUCGUGUCGCUCCUUGCCGAGAGCUUCAACCCACAUGUUCGAUAUGGCGCUUGUGUUGCCGUGGGCAUUGCGUGCGCCGGCACCUUCAAAAACGAAGCGAUUCAGCUGCUGGAACCGAUGCUGGACGACGCCGUGGAUUAUGUCCGCCAAGGCGCGCUGUGUGCGUUGGCCAUGGUGAUCAUGCAAGAGAGCGAAGGCCGCCACCCCAAGGUGAAGGAGAUUACGGAAAAGAUCCGCAAAUUGACUGCCGACAAGCACGUGACGACUAUGACCAAGAUGGGAGCUAUCUUUGCGCAAGGGAUUCUCGAUGCGGGCGGGCGCAACGUGGUUAUUUCCAUGCAAUCGCACACGGGGUUCACCAAGAUGUCUGCCGUGGUGGGGCUUGCGUUGUGGUCGCAGCAUUGGUUCUGGUACCCCAUGAGCCAUUUUAUGGAGCUGGCGCUGCAGCCGACCGUGCUGAUUGGACUCAACCACGACUUGAAGCUUCCGACGGCAUUUUCCGUCGUGUGCUCGACCAAGCCGUCCGUGUUUGCGUACCCCAAGCGUUUGGAGGAGAAGAAAGAGGAGAAGAAGGAGCUGGUGGCCACGGCGGUGCUGUCGACGACUGCCAAGGCCAAGGCGCGGCUGGCCAAGCAGGAAGCCGACCACAAGGCGCCGCCCCCUGCCGCGGUGGACGCAGAGGUGGAUGCGGCGCCUGUGGCUGCCAUUGUUGCGGAGGAAAAGGCCAAGGAACCGACCUCGUUCAACGUCCAGAACCCGUCGCGUGUGACGUUGGCCCAGCUUCCCCACCUGUCGUUUGACUUGAGCCAGCGAUACGUGCCGGUGGUACCCACGCGCCGCCCCGCGGGCAUCGUGCUCCUCAAAGACAGACACCCCCACGAAAAGGAAUCGGUCGUGGCGGUGCAGGCGCCGUCCCAAGCUGGCGCGGAAGAAGAGGCCGACGCCCCCGAGCCAUUUGAGUUUGAGCCCACGCCUUUGUAGGACCAACAACAACACGAGGCGAAGAUGAAGAGUGCAUGGGAUAAUAUAUAUACACGACCGAGUGUGUAUAUGAUAUAUGCGA